ACAGUUCUAAGAAACGAGUAACUGUCAAGAUAAUUAACAUCUGCUUUUAAACAUUAGAUUAUUCCGCUUUUUUUAAAAAAGAAAAAAAAAAGUCACUUUUCGGGAUGAGGGCACAGAUUCAGAAAGUUCCUCAGAUAGUUGAGCUGCUGAAGAAGAAGUCAGUAGGGCUGCAGCACUUCAAGCCCACAUCCUCAGUGUGCGUCCUGGAGGAGAAGGAUGCUGUGGAGGCUGCGCCGUGCCCUCACGCCGCCUCCAGAGCGCACAGCCUGGAUGCGAUCCCAGGACCCACCAACUGGCCGCUGGUCGGCAGUCUGGUCGAACUGCUCCGGAAAGGAGGUCUGACAAGACAACACGAGGCACUGGUUGAUUACCACAAGAAAUUUGGAAAGAUUUUCCGGAUGAAGCUGGGCUCCUUUGAGUCGGUCCACAUUGGCGCACCUUGUUUGCUGGAGGCGCUUUACAGGAAGGAGGGAAACUACCCCCAGAGACUGGAGAUCAAACCCUGGAAAGCAUACAGGGACCUGAGGGACGAGGCGUACGGACUCCUCAUUCUGGAGGGUAAAGACUGGCAGAGGGUGAGGAGUGCGUUCCAGCAGAAACUCAUGAAACCGACAGAGGUGGUGAAACUUGACAGCAAAAUAAACCAGGUGCUGGUGGAUUUUGUCAGCAGGAUUGGAAAUAUUAACAAUAAUGGGAAGAUUGAAGAUUUGUACUUCGAGCUGAAUAAAUGGUCAUUUGAGACUAUUUGCCUUGUCCUCUACGAUAAGAGAUUUGGUUUGCUUCAGGAGACAGUCAAUGAGGAAGCCAUGAACUUCAUCACUGCUGUUAAAACGAUGAUGAGCACUUUCGGUACGAUGAUGGUCACACCAGUAGAGCUCCACAAGAGCCUCAACACCAAAACAUGGCAGGACCACACUGCAGCAUGGGACCGCAUUUUCAGCACAGCCAAAGUCUACAUUGACAAGAAACUGAAGACGAAUGCCAACAGAGCACCUGAUGACUUAAUCGGAGACAUCUUACACCAGAGCUGCCUUUCCAAGAAGGAGCUGUACGCAGCCAUCACAGAGCUACAGAUUGGAGGAGUUGAAACUACCGCCAACAGUAUGCUGUGGGCUAUUUUCAACCUGUCACGUAACCCUGGCGCCCAAAGGAAGCUGCUGAAUGAGAUUAGAGAGGUGGUGCCUCCUGACCAGGACCCCUGUGGAGAACACAUCAAAAGCAUGCCCUACCUCAAGGCCUGCCUCAAGGAGUCGAUGAGGUUAUCGCCAUCAGUUCCAUUCACGAGCAGGACCCUGGACAAAGACACUGUGUUGGGAGAUUAUGCCAUUCCCAAAGGAACAGUUUUAAUGAUCAACAGCCACGCACUGGGCUCCAAUGAGAAGUACUUCGAUGAAGGGAAGCUGUUCAAACCUGAGCGCUGGGUCCGGGAAAAUAGCACCAUCAACCCUUUUGCUUAUGUUCCCUUUGGCAUUGGAAAGAGGAUGUGCAUCGGCCGCCGGCUGGCCGAACUGCAGCUGCAGCUAGCCAUGUGCUGGCUGGUCAGAGACUUUGAGAUUGUGGCAACAGAUAAUAAGCCACUCGAUGUGAUCCACUCAGGACUUUUGGUUCCGAACAGAGAACUGCCUGUCGCUUUCAUCAGGAGAUGAGCCUCCAUAUUCAACUGUGCCUGACACUGUGACAGAAAGACGAUACCUCUGUUGUCACGGCCCUCAUGGGCCAGUGACUCCCUGUAUUGCUGCUCUGUAAAUAGAAAGACACAGAAAUGAUUAUAGCUGUAAUUAUUCCAUAAAUACCUCAAACUUACAUGUAUUUAAAACUAUUUCUUAUGAUUGCUAAUGGCUGACCAAAAUACCAAUUGUUGUGUGCAAAGUGAAUGUUUUAACAAGGCAGCUGUCCUCAAAUCUAAUGUAACGUCCUCACCUCAGACGUGUGUUUGUAGAUGUCAAACCAUUACUUUUGUUCUUUCAUUUUUCAAGUUACAUAGCUAAUAUAUAUAGUUUAUUUUUCACUGUGUAUAUAAAGUGACAUCAUAAUGUAAUAUUGUACAUUGUUUUGUGUAGAGAAAUAUUUUAUUCACUGGAUUUAAACAUUAAUAAAUUUGUGAACUUGA